CCUUUGUUAUUUUAGUGCAGUUCUAGUCGUCGACGUACCAGCAUCAACUUGGAAUCGCUUUGUAAAUAAACAUGUAAUAUCUACAUUAUUAACCGAUUUGUUUUCUCGUACAUUGCGUGCCUAUAAUUACAAAAAAAAAUGUUUCGAAAAAAAGACGAACGUGUACAAAGCGAUUCCAAAUUACACGCGGUAUUUAGCAAAUUAACCGGCGUUUUUCCAAGAGCGGCCGAUUUAAACAAUGCGACCACUCAUAAAAUGUCAUCGGACAUCAUCGAAUCCGUUUUAACGGAUGUACCAAUCCCUCAACCACAACACUUGGAUUGCGAUUCUCAAUGCACGUCCGAUGACAAUUGCGAGGUGGCGAUAAACGCUUUAUCGAAACGACUCGAGACUGAACUCCGACAAGCAAAAUCCACGAGUUUGGGAUGCUGCGAAGUAUUACUACCAUGUGGGUUAUUACAACGAAUAUCGAAAGAUAUUAUCGCUAUGGCAGAAUCGGAACCUUGCGGACUGCGAGGUUGCACCUUGUACCUUAACUUCGAAGGACUGGAAGAAUGUAGGAGACUGAGUAUUAUUAAAUGUGAUCCGACGACCGCUUCCACUUUUGAAUUAUAUCUUACUUUAAAACAGGCACCUAGCGGAUGGAAUUCGUUUUUACCACAAUUUCUCCGGAAUUUAACACGAGGUGGUACUAUAGUCAUAAGCCCUGCGUAUAUUUUAAGUAAGAAUAAGCUUUACCGUUCAUAUAUAGAGUAAGACGUUAAAGUAAGAAGUAAUUUAAAGACUGAAA